CCUCCUUCCUGGCUGCCAUGGCUGCCGCCGUGCUCGUGCGAGGCGCGCUGCGGGGCGGGAAGGUCCUCGGUGCGGCGGCAGGUAGAAGAUCUCUUCUUUCUGCAGCAUAUGUGGACAGCUCAAAAUGGGAAAACAGACAAAAAGAGGAGCAUAACCUGGCUGAAUUAGCCAACUUAAUGGACAGAACCUAUGAAAGAAAGCUGCCUGUCAGCUCUUUGACAAUAGCCCGGUUUGUUGACAACAUUUCUUCACGAGAGGAAGUGGAUCAGGCUGAAUAUUACCUUUACAAGUUUCGGCAUAGUCCAAAUUGCUGGUACUUGAGAGAUUGGACCAUUCACAGCUGGAUCAGACAAUGCUUAAAACAUGGUGCACAAGACAAAGCCUUAUACACAUUAAAAAACAAGGUCCAGUAUGGAAUUUUCCCAGAUAAUUUUACAUUUAAUAUUUUGUUGGAUUGUUUUAUAAAACAGAAGAAAUAUGAGGAUGCUCUAUCAGUAGUUACAGAGAUUAUGCUGCAAGAAAGUUUUGAUGAGUUCUCGACACAGCUUCUUUCUCUCUAUGUUUUAUACCAGUACCUAGCAACCAAGUCUGAAUAUACGUGGGAAGAAGAGAGAAAUCUUGGCGCAUCACUAUUGCUGACGGGUCUAAAGCAAACAAGUACUGUGGGAUUUAGCUCCCAGUUGUAUGGUUAUGCAUUUCUUGGGAAAGUGGAGUUGAAUAAAGGUCUAAGAGCUGUAUACAACCUAAUGCCAUUGAUGUGGACACCUGGAUACUUAAAUAGAGCUUUGCAGGUGAUGGAGAAUGUAGCUUCUUUGCCAGGAGACAGCAAAAUCUGCCGAGAAGCUGUUGAUGUUCUGGAGAUCGUUUUACGGUCUGUCCUUGAAGCAAAACCUGGUUCAGAACCAUCUGAAGAAGGCAAAGAAGUAAAACAGAAGUCAGAAUAUGCAGAAUCAGAAGAAACGGAGCAGUUGAAAAUACCUAAGUACUACAGCCGAUUCAAGAUUCAAUUUCCUCUUCUGAUGAAGUCAGACCUCCAUGGCAUAUCACUGUCUCCUGAACUGCAAGCUGGAAAACUUUUGAUGCGUGAAACUCAGUUUUCUAAUUUGCCAUAGUGGGCAAAGAAUGUCUCUUUCAAUCUUCAUUGUAAUUCUCCUGACUCUUUCUUAUCGUCUCUUCUGGCUUUUGUCCAGUGAGACUGUUGUUUAGCCAGCCAAGGUAAAUCUCAGCUUCUAACUUCUGGCUGUGACCAGCUUGGCAUGAUGAAAGCAAAGCAAAGAUUGCCUCCCACAGUCUAGUGAAAGGAAAGAAAUGGUAACCCAGCCAAAAAUAUUCCUGAGCCAAAGGAGUAAAGCCAGAGUUCAGAAGUCAUUAAUUGGCCUCAGAUCAUGUUCUUCCAUGCGUUCACUCAACAAAAGAAGACAAGCAACAGCAACAGAAACAGCAUUUCCCUGCUGCUGGCAGUUCCUUCUGCACACACUUUAAAGCUUUUUAUUCUGAAAGCCUGAAUGUACUAAAGACAAUCUUAAAAGAGCUGCUGCCCAGUUGCCCUUCCUCUAAUGCAAUGUAAGAUAUUUUCACACAUA